AUGCUUCCUGGUGCGCUUGUGAUUCUCCAUCGACUAUAUGACUGUAGCGUUGAGGUUCUCGAGAACGCCAACUUGACGUUUCAGUUCAUAGGUCCAUGGUUGUCUGGAAUGGACAUAUUGAUCACGGUUGAUCCAGAAAAUAUCAAUUACAUACUGAGCUCAAACUUCUCAAAUUACAUCAAAGGUCCUGAGUACCAAGAAGUUUUUGAAGCUUAUGGAGAUGGGAUCGUCAACUCGGACCUGGAGCUAUAUAUGGAGGAAUUUGAGGAAGGCUUCUCAGGCCAUAUUCGGCGAUCAAGGAGUAAACUCAAAGACGGUCUUGUGCCUCUUUUCAAUCAUUUUGCAAAGGAAGAAAUGGUUGUGGACUUGCAAGAUGUGUUCCAGAGGUUCAUGUUCGAUACAACGUUUAUUUCUUUAACCGGGUUCGAUAUGAAAAGUCUCUCCCUCGAAAUGCCGGAGGUUGGGUUUGCUAAUGCUCUUGAUGAUGUUGGAGAUGCGAUAAUGUAUAGGCAUAUUACGCCGAGAUUCUUAUGGAAGCUACAAAAAUGGAUUGGAGUCGGAAGAGAGAAGAAGAUGACGGAAGCUAAUGCCACUUUUGAUCGUAAACAGAAGAUCAAGCUAGCAACACAGUAA